CGCAGCUCACAGAGACUGUCCACGCGCUUCAGGCUUUGCUUCAAGAUGUUGGCCCGGCACGAGUCCAGCUAGAUAUGAAAAUUGUGCGUCCUCUUGUGUUGAGUUUGGUUUGUCGAGUCAAACAGAUCUUCCCCGCCAGAUAGCCCGCAGCUCAUCGCCUCUUUUGUUACUUCUUUAGAGAAGGUGAAGGUUUCCAAAAACCGCCACUGGAACUGAAAAGAGGACAUCUGCCGAAUACACAAGGCUUGAUCAUCUCUGAGGAAGAAAAUUGUCGCCAUGAGUUCCGAUAAGACCAAAAUGGAGGAUGAGGCAGUGUUGGACACAGGAGCGUCUUUUGUGAAACAUAUCUGUGACGAAGAGGAAGUAGAAGGUCACCACACUGUGUACAUUGGUGUGCACGUCCCGAAGAGCUACCACCGGCGGAGACGCCACAGACGCAAGUCGAACCAUAAGGAGAAGCAGGAACGGGUUGAGCAGAUUGUGGAAGCAUACAAGUCUGAUGUGGAGAGCGUGGAUGAUUCCAGCGCAAGCAUACUGAAACCUCUCAUUUCUCCAGCUGAUAGGAUCCGAUUCAUCCUGGGAGAGGAGGAUGAUGGACCACCACCUCCUCAGCUCUUCACAGAGCUAGACGAGCUUCUGUCUGUGGACGGGCAGGAGUUAGAAUGGAAGGAGACAGCCAGAUGGAUCAAAUUUGAAGAGAAGGUGGAGAAAGGUGGAGAGCGUUGGAGUAAGCCUCAUGUCGCCACGCUGUCCUUACACAGCUUGAUGGAGCUCAAAGCGUACAUUGAGAAAGGCACAAUCCUGUUAGACAUAGAGGCAUCCACACUGCCACAAGUUGUUGAGAUGAUCACCGACAACCAGAUUGAGACUGGUCAGCUGAAGGCAGACCUGAAGGAGAAGGUGCUGUACACGCUGUUACGGAAGCAUCGCCACCAGACUAAGAAGUCCAACUUGCGUUCUCUUGCUGACAUUGGCAAGAGUGUUUCCAGUGCAAGCCGACUGUUUUCAAACCAGGAAAAUGCACCGCGCUCCUCCUUCGAUCACUCUGUGCCUUGUUUAACUUCACAAGACUUGCCGGAAUCAUGUGAGGUCAUGAGGAGCUCCAGCACGGGACACCUCUGUAGCCCUACCACUACCCACCGGAACCUCACCUCCAACAGCCUGAGCGAUUUCUCUGAUAAACCAGAAAAAGACCAGCUGAAGAAUAAGUUCAUGAAAAAGUUGCCCCGCGAUGCUGAGGCAUCAAACGUGCUGGUCGGAGAGGUAGACUUCCUGGAAAGCCCCUUCGUUGCUUUUGUUCGUCUGCAGCAGGCCGUUAUGCUGGGAGCACUUACUGAAGUCCCUGUGCCCACAAGGUUUCUGUUUGUACUGUUGGGACCUAAAGGAAAGUCCAAGUCUUAUCGCGAGAUUGGAAGAGCCAUUGCUACCCUGAUGUCUGAUGAGGUGUUUCAUGACAUUGCCUACAAAGCAAAGGGCAGGAAGGACCUGCUGGCUGGAAUCGAUGAGUUCCUGGAUGAAGUGAUCGUCCUGCCUCCUGGCGAGUGGGACCCCGACAUCAGAAUAGAGCCACCCAAGUCUCUUCCCUCCUCAGACAAAAGAAAGAACAUGUAUGCUGGAGUUGAGGCACCUCAGAUGAAUGGCGACACCCCUCACGAUGCAGGACAUGGAGGAGGAGGUCACCAAGUUGGAGAGGAGCUUCAGUGCACAAGAAGGUUCUGUGGAGGUCUUGUCCUGGAUGUGAAGAGAAAACUACCAUUUUUUGCCAGUGACUUCUAUGAUGCGCUCAACAUUCAGUCUCUGUCUGCCAUCCUGUUCAUCUAUCUGGGCACAGUCACCAAUGCAAUCACAUUUGGAGGCUUGCUUGGGGAUGCGACAGAAAACAUGCAGGGAGUGCUGGAAAGUUUUCUAGGUACGGCACUGACAGGAGCAGUGUUCUGUCUACUAGCCGGUCAGCCCCUGACUAUCCUCAGUAGCACAGGCCCGGUGCUUGUGUUCGAAAGACUUCUCUUCAGCUUCAGCAAAGACAAUGGUUUUGACUACCUCGAGUUCCGGCUGUGGAUCGGCUUGUGGUCUGGCUUGUUCUGUCUGGUGCUGGUCGCCACGGACGCGAGUUUCCUGGUGCAGUACUUCACACGCUUCACAGAGGAGGGCUUCUCUGCGCUCAUCAGCUUCAUCUUUAUUUAUGACGCAUUCAAGAAGAUGAUAAAGUUGGCCCACCACAACCCCAUCAACUCAGAGUUUGAUCACAACCUCAUCACCCACUACAACUGCCACUGCGUACCAGGUAAUUUAUCACUCCUUGAUACGUCUGCCUGGACAAACAGUACUGAUCUGCCCGAGAAUGCCACCUGGGCGUCCCUGACUAUACAGCAGUGUGAGAAGUUCGGGGGGCAGCUGGUUGGAAAGGCCUGUGACUAUGUGCCUGACAUUACCCUGAUGUCCUUCAUCCUGUUCUUUGGGACCUACACCUGCUCCAUGGCUCUGAAGAAGUUCAAGACAAGUAGAUUCUUCCCCACAACAGUAAGGAAACUUAUCAGUGACUUUGCCAUCAUCUUGACAAUUCUUCUCUUCUGUGGCGUUGACGCUUUGGUUGGUGUGGACACUCCAAAGCUUAUAGUGCCUAGUGAAUUUAAGCCCACAAGUCCACAGAGGGGCUGGUUUAUUCCUCCUUUUGGAGGAAACCCCUGGUGGGUGUAUCUGGCAGCUGCACUUCCUGCCCUCUUGGUCACAAUUCUGAUUUUCAUGGAUCAACAGAUCACUGCUGUGAUUGUCAACAGGAAAGAACACAAACUAAAGAAAGGGGCCGGGUAUCACCUGGACCUGUUCUGGGUGGCCAUCCUGAUGAUAUUAUGCUCCUUCAUGGGGCUGCCGUGGUAUGUAGCUGCCACUGUCAUCUCCAUCGCCCACAUCGAUUCUCUGAAAAUGGAAACACAGACCUCCGCUCCCGGAGAGCAGCCCAAGUUCCUAGGCGUUAGGGAACAAAGAGUCACUGGCAUCUUUGUGUUCCUCCUGACGGGACUCUCUGUCUUCAUGGCUCCUAUCCUCAAGUUCAUCCCCAUGCCUGUGCUCUAUGGUGUGUUCCUCUAUAUGGGUGUGGCAUCUCUUAAUGGUGUCCAGUUCAUGGACCGUCUGCAGCUGCUUCUCAUGCCUGCCAAGCACCAACCAGACCUGAUCUACCUGCGCCACGUCCCCCAGAGACGCAUCCACCUUUUCACUUUCAUCCAGGCCCUGUGUUUGGCUCUCCUAUGGAUCCUCAAGUCUACUGUCGCUGCCAUCAUUUUCCCCGUUAUGAUUUUGGCAUUAGUUGCUGUCCGAAAGGCCAUGGACUACGUGUUCUCCCAACAUGACCUCAGCUACCUGGACGAUGUGAUCCCAGAGAAAGAUAAGAAGAAGAAAGAAGAUGAGAAGAAGAAGAAAAAUAAGAAGAAGGGAAGCAUUGACAGUGAAAUUGACUUUUCUGACUACCCCUACCAUGACAAUAUCCCCUCUAUAAAAAUCUCUAUGGAUAUGAUGGAACAGGAGCCCAUGUUGGGAGAUAAAUCUUUGGAUAGAGAUGAGCCGCAAACUUUCCUUAACCCCCAUUCACCGUGCUGAACACUACUUUGGCUCUCCCGCUGUGUAAGGGUGUUCUCCUGUUGGUGGGUGAAUUCCACCCCAGUCUCAAGUGAUUUGCUUUCUACCUGGAUUGCCCUGUGUUAAGCUCAUCCAUCUUCUCAUCAACUCUAACCAGCUCCUCUGUCCCAGCUUCCCUGCAUUCAGUAUUGGUCACUGUUACCAAAGGUCACCAUAGGGCAAUGUUCGAUGUCAAAAACUUUGGUUUUGCUGUUAUAUCACCAGAGCAUCAUCCUUCCCAUUUUCGUCAAACUUCACACUGGACUUUUCGUGGCUUUCUUUCAGCAAAGGCUAUUUUCUUGGCACUCUUCCAUUAGGGCCAGAUUUGUGGCAAACAACCUGAGUUCUUCUGAGCUACCGCGGGCUUUUGGUGGCUUCUCCAAGUCUUGCCUGUCCAUUUCGGUGGAUGACCAUUAUUUUGUAAGGCUUAAGCCAUACUCCUCAGUUUCAGAUGAUGGAUGGUACAGUGCUCUGUGAGAUGUUCAAAGUUUGGGAUAAUGCUGGAUAAGAGUUAACUUAUGUAUGACGUAUCAGAGUAAAAGGGGCUGAGGCAACCCACACUGUUUUAGAUUUUUAUUUGUAAAAAAAAGAAUACAUUGGGGUUUGUGGAUGUAAAGUGACAAAACGUGAAGACGUUUAAGGGAUGUGAAUACAACAAGACACUUCAUGACGCUUUUUUGUGUCCUUCUCUCAGUCUUGGCAGCGAUUCACAUGGUUCACCUAGGAUUCGGAUCGACCGGGAGGUUAAUGGUUUCCUCGGAAGGAAGAGCUCUGAAACCGAACUGUGAAAUAAAUCUUUAAAGAAACAGCACAACACUGCAAACAUAGCCAUUCUCUUAUUUUAUGUUAUUUUACUACCACAGUGCCGAUUCCUAGUGGUAUUUCUGUUUUAAACGACCCAAGGAUUUGAAUCCGAAUAGCUGGAAGUAUUUGUCUUAACCCUUCGGUGGUACUGAAUUUUAGGACAGAGCUCAUGCAUCAUUAGCUUUAAAACAACGGAGCUCCUAAAUGUUAUCUGAAUUCACUUUUGAAAGUAUCUGCAAUAAAUUUUUUAAUCAUAAAUGUUUUAACAUUUUUGAGCAUGACCAGAGGUCCAGGAAGCUAUAGCAAUUAUAUUAUACACUAAACUCAUCUACUGUAUACAUAUCGUCAUUCCCCAAAGUUGUAAUAUUUUUAUAAAACACUUGUGAAUAAGUUUGCUUCUUUUAGAAGUCACCGAAAUCUUCACCUGAACUUCAACACAUGAGAUCCACACGUCUUCCGUUUACAUGCUGUGAACAAAAGGGCUCCGCAAAGUCAUGUAUGCACAGUCACAAGUUGACUUUUAUAUUAGGUUCAAGGAUAUAAAAAUAUUUCACAGAUUUGUUCAUGGUUCCAACAAUUUAAAAUGGCACGUUUGUUUCGAUCUGUAACAACACACAGGUUUCAUCGUCUUUUUUUAACCCUUAUUUUUUUCUACCUUCGUCUAUGUAUUUAUUAUUAUAUCUAAACUCAGCAAAAUAACUUGCUGGUUAAAGUUUAUAUAAGGGGUGGACAUAUUUUGUUUUCAUGUCUUCUCUGUGGUCUCGGCUGUCUUUUCCCUGUUUACAGAGUACUGGAUAUAUGAAACCCCUAUGUAGCUCUACCUCUUCUUCUCUGUAGGUGCCAGACAUGUUUUAAAUAACUAAAAUGCAACCAUUGUCUAUUGAUUUGUGAUCAAACACUACUUUGAUUAUUUGAUUUAUUUCCCCACCUCAAUUUGGCACUGUAUAAAUGUCAGAUUUUUUGUUACUUAUGGUGUUGUUUUUUUUUUUAUCAUUAUAAAAUAAUGUUAAAUAGCAGAUAGGUGAAAGGUUGAAUCCACCCAAUUUUCAUACUUUGAUGGUUGCAUCAUUAUGACAUUAUAUGACAAAAUAUUAUCCUUUUGUUGAUAUUUCAAACACUGACGUUGAGGAGAAAUGUAUUCUAGCUUCUCUGUCGAAUUCAAUGUAACGUUGGCUUGCAAGACAAUCAGUUGUUUUAUUAGUUAGCUUUCAUUUUACAAUGGGAUCUUAUACAGAGGCUGAUUAUUUGAUUAAUAUUUAAUCUUUAAGUACUUUUAAGGUUGUGAUUAAGUUUUUUUUUUCUUUAAUAAUUCAAAUUCGGAUGCAAUGGGGCUAGUUGUGGAGGAGUUACUGCUUCGUAGUGUUUGGAGUAAAAAUCUGCGCAUCUGCUCUUCAGAAUACACGUGCUGUAAAAAAAAAAGUGCCUCCUUACAGUUUUGUUCUGUUUUUGCCUUUUGGUCACAUUGAAAUGUAAAAAAAAACACCUAACAAGUACUACAAAACAAAGAUAAGCUCAGUAAACCCAAAAUGCAGUUUUCAAUCAUGAUUUUAUUUAUGGGGCUGGCUAUCUAAUUUAACCCCGUCUUAUGUGAGAAUAUAUAUAUUACUGCUUGUGCCUCCCUUGGCUGCAAAUGUAGCUAACAACCAUUUGUGAUAACUGAUAAUUAGUGUGUUACAUCACUUACUUCAUGUUGUUAGGUUUGAUUCAAAUGAUUUCUUGGUUCCUCAUGUCACGCAGUAAUCCGGCUUGGAUGUUGCUGUUGAAAUGGAUCCAAAUGUGGUUAAUCAGUUACUUCAGGAUUUAAUAGGAGCGGCAAAUAGUUUUUCACACAGGGCCAGGUUGGCUUGAAUAGUUCUCAUCACAUCUUGCUGUAUUUUCUUUGGUUAUCUUUGUCUGAUAUUAAAGUUAGACUGAUCUGAAAUGUGUGACUAAAAAACAAAACAGGAACAGAAGAAAUCUGUAAUGGAGCACAUACCUUUUCACAGCACGGUAUUGCGAUUUUAUUUAGCAAAGGAAUGAAUCCUUUACAAUGUUCCUGCAUUUGUUAAAUAGCUUGAUUAUCAGUGGUACUAAACUAAUUCACCUGAUACAAAACUGAUUAAUUUAUAUCUGAGUGUAAUACAUCCAAAACAUAUUUAUUACUUGAUAAUUUCCUCAUGCACAAUCUGUUUUGUCACUGAUUUGUAUUGCAAACAUCUCAGAUUCAUCUUUCACAGUUGCAGCACUAUGCUUUUAUAAAUGUGAAGCUAAUGACUGUUAAAGUUUCUCUAUCCCAAAAAGCACCCUGUCUUCCUCUUUGUUCUGUAAUCUGCAUAUCUUGAACAUCGACCUCUCUUGUUCUGAUUCCAUAACUGUAAUAUUUAUCAUGCUGUAACACUGAAACCAGUUUUAUAUCUUAUGUGCUAAACAGUCAGGUUAUUCUGAAGGAAUUAAAGUGUCAGUGUUUUUCUAUGAAGUAGCGUUUUAAAUGAGAGCAAUAAAACAAUCUGAAUGAUUCUUAAA